UUUUCCCCAAUCUUUUAUUGUCCUGAUAGGAUAAGCCUUAAGUUUUAGAGCCACUGGUUUCCUUGGAAAUGUCUGGUCACCCAUAACAAGUGUUAAUUCAGAGAGAAUAUUUAAGGGUGGGCCCUGUUAUCCUUCAGGAAACUUCUUCCCUGCAAAAAGCUGAUGUGAUAUUCGGGACAAUUGAGAAGGGACUUUCCUAUCUCUUGAUGCUGCGAAGACCAGCUAUAUUCCUGAAAAUGCCCUCCUUGCCUCCUCUCAUUCCCCAUCCUUACCCACCCAACUCUUAUCUGUGGCAGAGGCAAAUAGAGAGAGAGAGAGAAAAGACGGUGGCCGAGUUCAGACGUCUGCACCAGUUCUUGGAGGAACAAGAGGACCUUCUGCUGGAGAAAAUGCAAGAGCUGGAGGAGGAGAUUGCAAGGAAAAGGGAGGAGCACCUGGACAGGCUCUCCAGGGAUCUCAUACCCCUUGAAACUCUCAUCCUGGAGAUGGAAAAGAGGCUUCAGCGGCCAACCAGUGAAGUCCUGCCGGAUAUUGGAAGCCUUUUGAAGACGUUUGAGGAGAGAGAGGUGAUUAAGACACCGGUGGUUUUUUCUCCUGCAUUAAACUGGAGGGCGUGGGAAUUCAGUGAUAUGAACCCCUUUCUGGAAGGUGUCAUACAGGAAUUCAAAGACGCCCUAACAUCGGAUCUGAAAUAUCUGAAGAAAGCAAAAGUGACUCUGGAUCCGGAGACAGCUCACCCCCAGCUCAUUCUGUCUGCGGAUGGCCUGAGUGUGACGUGCGGAGAUAUGCGUGAAGAGGUACCCGACAACCCAAAGAGAUUCAACCAGCUCACAGUGGUGCUGGGGAGAGAGGCGUUCACAGAAGGCCGAUAUAGUUGGGAGGUUACUGUGGGGAAUGAGGAAGAGUGGGCUUUGGGCGUGGCCCGGAAAUCUGUGAGGAGAAAGGGCAUGUUCAACUUCACUCCCCAGGAAGGGGUCUGGGCUAUGGGGAAGUGGAGGGGUCAGUACAGGGCCCUCAGUGAUAAUCCUUAUCACUUGCACCCCAGCGGUGAGCUCAGAAGGAUCCGAGUGACUCUGAACUACACUGGGCAGCGAGUGGCCUUUUUCGAUGUCGACAGAGGAAUCGCCCUUCUUGCCUUUGCAGGGGGUUCCUUCUCCGGAGAAGACCUUCUCCCCUUCUUCUGGCUGCAGGAAAGAGCCCAUCUCAGGCUCUCUCCGUAGAACAGCCAAAAUAGUGCAGGAGGUCAGAAGAAAAAUAUUGCACUUCUGCCUGCUGGGUGGUUAUUUGGGGGCAGGGGGGCAGCAACUGGGAGUUUUGGAAAGACCUGGGGAAAACACUCUCAGCGCAUUUGAAUGACAAGUGAAUGCCUAGAAGGUACAAAAUGACAUUAUCCCCUAAUAUGGAUUCCUUCUCCCCAUGGCCCCCCCAAAAUUGACUUACCACUUCAGACAUGUCAGUGCUACCUAUAUGCCAAUAAAUGCCAUCCUACAGGGUAAGUUUAUUUGGGGGUGGGGUUGUGAUUGAACUAUUGUGAUCAUUGUGAAAGUGGACAAUAUUUCAUUUUAUAGCACUUUUCCCGUUAAAGAAAAUUGGCAGUUUGUUCAGCAAAAGUAUCACUGCAUUCUAAAAAAAAUAG